CCUCAACAACCCCCCUGUCAUGUCUGGUAAUAAGCAGCUAUGUAUACCCCUUGGCCUACUAGCGGCCAAGGCUGCCCCGCACAACAUUCUUUGUUCACAGCUUCACCUAUAAGAUGUCCGUAAACGCCCUCGAGAUCGCAUUGACACCCACAAACAUGAAAAGUUGCCCCCGAUUCCGAUACAAUCGCGUGCCAUGUAUCCCAAUGGAAUCUCGGAAUCCGUCUGGAUAGACAACCACCGGGUCUCGCGUCAGCUUCUCCGUCUGAUACGCCGAGAAGCAACGUGGGGCUACGUUGUUUACCGCACCACAUACACUCCUGAGUCCAACACCCAGUUUCCCAAGGUGCUCGAGAUGCUUGAAACAUGGAUCAAGCGAGAAAUCUACAAGGAUCUGAACGACCUCGAGAACGCGGAUCCGGCGCCCAACAACGAGAUCUGGGCACGUCACCGCUUCACAGUCAUUGAAGAUGAGAAUGCACUCAACGGCGCCACUAUCGACACUGUUCGCGCUCAUUUCGAACAAUGGGUGGAAGAUAAAUGCCAGCGCGACAUGUGGAAUAAAUACCGGAUCUGUAUGGUGAUCGACGAUGACAUUCUUCAACGCUUGGUGGAUGUCCCCACGCCGGAGCAGCAUGCUGAACAGCAUGGAGACGGGUGUUUGCAGGAGAUAGAAAAGUGGUAUGUGAAGGUUAUUGAGCCAUUCUUCGAUCCGUAUAAUGCGGCGCAGGACUACGAAGGGUGGAUGAACUGCUCGGUCUAUGUUCUGGUACGGCUUUGGCAUCUGAUGGACGCUGGGAUGGAUAUGGAGACCUGGUUUUCUGCUGCUGAGGAUGGAGUAUAUUUGGGGUGAUUAGGGAGGCUCAGGAUACUUUUCUUAUACAGGCUGCUGCGAUCAAUGAAAUCUACUUGAUUGAUCGCAUUCCUUCCCUUCGGACAGACGUUGCCCUAUGAUGGCCUAAGGUGUCGAGAUAUUGAUGCCCAACGGCUCAGGCCGGAGUCCGAUGGUGAGCGAAGGCGGUCAGGCGCUUUGGCAAGGCGGUCUGAAGGACUGUCCGGCACAAUAAACAUAUCUCCAUCUGCAC